AGCCCCGUCGACGUGAUGGGCACCCGGCUCCGCAGCCCCAGCGCCUACCCUGCGCCCUGGUGCGGACCGCAGCCCGGAGGACCCGGCCCUGCCAAGCGCCGCCGAUGUGAGGAGCCCGCGGGCCCCGAGUCCCAGACGGCGCCCAGCCUCGAAGACCCGGCGGAGCCCCCGGCCGCGGGCGCGCUCACCUCGGUGGUGGUCCUGGCCGCGGGCUGUGCCCUGCAGGUGCCCCUGGACGACGUCGACCUGGUGCUGGAGCCCGAGCCAACGUCGGUCCUGCAAGUGUCUCUCGGAGAUUACACCCUCAUGCUGGUCCCCGAGGCCCUCCUGGGCUCCGGCGACGAACACGCGGGAGGGCAGGGCGACUCGCCCGUCGGCCUGGAACCGGGCGCUUUCCUGGGCGCUCCCGGGGACGACGUCGCCGUCGAGCAGGGACUCUUCUGCGCCUCCGUCCCAGAGAUCGCCGCCCAAGAAGAGGCCUACGAGCAGGACUCGGACCCUGAGUUCCUGCCGCCUUGGAUGGACCCUGCAGCCGGCUCAGUCGCUGGGCUCCGCCCCUCGGCUGGCGGGGUGUCCAGCCCCUCCCCGCAGGGCCGCAUCCCGGAGCCCUCGCCUUGGGCCCCCACGCCCAGUCCGGAGAGACGCUCUCCUGGCCCCUAUUACAACCUGGACUUCCGCCUUCUGGAGCCCUUCCCCACCUCACCACUCCAGCCUCUACCUCCCUCUCCGAGUCCAGGUCCCCACGCGCGCCCCCCGCGCCCUAUUGGUCCUCCACGCAAGGCCCGGAGACGGCUGUUCCAGGAAUGAACUGCCUCCAUAAUCCCUCAGCACCGGGCUGGGGAUCAUGAGAGGGUCUUCUGAUAGCGGCUGUGUGUAAUUGGCACAACCUACAAGAAUUACCAAGCGUGGAUAAGGGACAGAUGCUUUUUCGAUGCAGGCUGCUUUGGAGAAUUUUAGAUCAUUGGCGAACUAGAACAUCUAGCAGGAAGAUCACCAGAGCAAAGAAAUGCUACUUGAAAUAGAGUGUACCUUCCGA